AAAUAAACCAUUGUUAAAAUAAUAUCUGCUGCAUCAAAUCUAAAUUACCAACACGCAACCCGCAAUGUGUCAUUUAGACUACCAAACGCGAACGAUAUAUUCGUAAUAGAAAUUAGAAUAUAAUUUACUCGUGGACUACGCGUCGGCCUACCAAACCAAUCAUGCCUUGUAUGAAAAUGUGCUGUUUUCGUCUUUCCACCCGGCUUGGGAGUGUAAUUGUUGGAGGCCUUACAAUUAUCCAAGUUUUGGUGCCAAUAAUAGCGAUUUGUGUUGUUGGUGGAGCAGACAGCCUGAGGAAUGUAGUUUCACGAAUGAAGGGCCAGGAUGAGGAAACGGAGCAAAAAGAUAUUUUCAUAUGGCUUAUGGAUAUGUUGAAGGCAGGUUCGGAUGAAAUAUUCUUGGCACUAACGACGUUUCUCGGGAUUCAUAUGUUAUGCUGCAUUUUAAUGAUUAUUGGGGCUUUAAAGAUGUUUAGAUAUUUGUUGAUUCCGUUCAUCAUCAUGGAUUUUAUCAAACUUUGUAUGCUGACCCUGAUACAUAUAGUAACUAUGAUGGUGGUCAAACAAGACGUGAGUUUAGGUGAUCUAAUAGCACUGACGAUUAUCGGAGGAUUUAUUCUACUUCUGCUUUUCUACUUAUGGGCUUGCGUUGUGGCACUAUUUCAAAUAUUCGGAAUUGUCAAGACGGAGAAAUAUCGUGCCCUGUUUGGUGAUGAUCCAACUGCUUCAAUUGAAAAUCCGAUCAGCAGGGUUUCUGAUUCGAUCAAUGACUUCAAAGUUUCAAUUGUGCAUCCCGUCUCAAAAGAAGUGGUUAAAAGUUUAACAUAUAACACUGGUUUUAUUAAUGAUUUCAAUAAGGACAAUCGCUAUGGUUAUAUACCCUGAUAUGCUUAACGUUUAAGAGUCGACAGGGGAGUGCCACCAGAGAAGAUAUUUGAAUCCCAAUCUAUAUCAAAUGAACUAAGCCAAUGAAGUUAUCACAAUAAAUUAAAUAUUGGGCGAGUAUAACGUUCAUAACACACAUUGUAUAAAUUAGUUAUGGUAUUUGAGUUUCGACUUCGUCUCAUCAGAAUCCGGCAUUAACUUAGUGACAGGAUUAAGCUAAUGCCGGAUUGACGCCAAUCCAAAAAAAAAAAUGGUGACAAAAGCUUGUGACUUUUACACUAUUUUAUUACUGUGGUAU